AUUUCCUCUACAUCGACUCGGUGCUCGCGAUGUACUCGGCGCACCGAAAUACGGCCGAGAUCAUAGUUGCGUGGUAUUCGUUGCGUACUAUCCACUCUCUGUAGGACGUUAUAUUCGCUGCUUUCUCCAUGUUCUUCUACACCAACCUACCUCUUUAAACUACCACUCACUUUCAUACCAAUGCGACGAGGAAAACUGCUCCUCAUGGUCACCACCGCGCUUGCUGGGACAUUUGCAUCUGUAGCGGUAUCCAUUGAUGUCAAUGCAUUGUUGAGGUUGAAGACACACCGAGCGUACAUUAGCAACUCUGCUCCUCUAGGUGUGUCGGUGAGCGUAGACACCGAUGACAUUUUUGCGGCAGGCCUUGUCUUUGCUAUCGCCAUCGCUCUAACCCCAGCCCAGGGUAUCCUCAAUAGUCUGCUCUUUACAUGUCUUCCUUUGCGAUACCAGUCUCGCAUUCACCGACUAUUCUUCCUAUCUCCCAAAAACCUAUGGGGUCAAGGGAUAUUCUUCGCGCUGGUCACCCUGAUUGGAAUAGGACCGCUCAUCGCUCUCGACUUUCUCGUGUUUCAUGGCUUGAGGGGCGCUAUCAUCAAGGUGGACGGUGUUCAGAUGUCGCCGCAUGAGCUCGAGAGCAUGGGAAUUCCUAGCUUGCCGUAUCGUUCUCAGCGCUAUAUUCGCGUAAUGGCCAUCGUACCGUGGCUCGCCAUUCUUUUCAACAUCAUCGCUCUCCCGUUCGUGUUAUAUGCAGGAAGUCACUGGCAGGAAGACCUUGGGCCACCCGCACCCUCUACGCCUUCCGCCGGCUUCAUAGAGAUGGGAUUACACCGGGGUCCCAAGUUAUCGACAAGCCAAGAGCAUCUUCGGCAGUAUGACGAGGUUUCAUAGGGGAACGACGGGCGACAUACGUAGCUGGUCGAUCUGUCACGAUAGAAGGAUUCUUCGUAUACACAAGGACUAUCGGUAGGCUUAUUGGCUGACCCACAAUAUCGAUAUGUAUACUCUAUGUAUAAUUGGGUUUAAGUGGGAUUACCAUCCUAAUUACUCCGAUUUCUAGUCUGUCAGUUGUCUUCUCGAGUGCUUGAAAGCCUAUCAUUCUCACAGUACUUGAGCUGCAAGGCUCAGACCCGAUAACUCGCAUCACUAUCCAGACCGAGAGGCCCUAUGUUACUGGUCUCCUGUUGGUACCCUGUCAAUUUUUCAUCCCCGUGUCUCCGGUCCAUCCGUUAGGUCUCACAUACAGUACAACACUCAUGUGGCAUUCCGGUUUCUCAUGUGCCAACCGCGAAUCCCACUCCCCGCAGUUCUACUGAGGCAUACGUUGUAUUAAUAUGUCAGACCGUGGACGAAUUGCGGCCAAGCAGAGUAUAUAAGGGCCUCCCAUCGUGUGGUAUUUGUCGUUCCAUUCUCUUUCACGUUUCCCCCGAUGCAACGAGCGAAACUUCUCCUUCUGGUCACCCUCACACUUGCUACGACCUGUGGAAUUGUAGCGGGAGCUAUCGAUGUGCAGGCAUUGAUAAAGUUGAGGGGGCAUCGAUCGUUUAUUCGAAGCUCAGCGCCCGAAGGUGUGUCGGUGAGCGUGCAGACGAACGAUCUUUUCGCUGCAGGCCUUGCAUUCGCUCUCGUCAUCGCCUUGUCUCCAGCUGCCGGCCUUCUGAUCAGUCUGCUUCUCCCCUAUCUUCCUUUACGACAUCUCUCCCGCAUUCCCCGCGCGCUUCUCCCAUCUUCGUCUAAACUACGAGGUCAGGGAUUAUUCCUCCUAUUGAUCACCCUUCUAAGCAUCGGACCACUCGUCGCCCUCGAUUUUCUUGUGUUCCACGGUUCGAGAGGGGCCAUCAUCAAGGUGGAUGGGGUUCAACUUUCAGCAUCUAUGCUGGAGAGCAUGGGAAUUCCUGAACUAAUAUAUCGAUCUCAACGAUAUAUCCGCGUAAUGGCCAUUGUACCGUGGCUUGGCGUUCUUUUCAACAUCAUCGCUCUCCCGUUCGUGUUUUAUAGUGCAAGCCACUGGUCAGAGGGCCUUGCGACAGCCGUGUCCUCUACACCCUCGAUCAGCUCUGCAGAAGUGGCGGAGAUUAUACGGGCGUCGAGAGGCUUUGACGAGAAAGUACCUACUUUUGUCUGACGAAGAUCUGCAGAUGAGGAGGAUGGUGUAGGUCGAAUUGUCCGACGAUUUGUUUUGUCGCAGGGGAGGGAUACUGGUCUCCGAAAACAAACUUUAGCACAUAGUUACCCCGCUCUGAAGACGGAGCAGACGGCGCAACACCUCAUUUGUACCACCCGUUCGAGCUUGUCGAGAUCUGCGUCUGAGACGUCGAUAGUUUUCACGGGUCAGAGAACGAGUACUCAGGCCACGUUCGCAAUGAAAAUAAAUCAUGUCAGGUAAAUCUUCGGUGCAAGUAUAGGAACAGUGAAGCUCGCCACGGUGACUCGAGAACAGAGCGUGUGAAUCUGUG